AAGGUAAGAACAUGGAGGCCGCGGCGAGGAAGAGCGUGUGCGUGACCGGAGCAGGAGGCUUCAUCGCGUCGUGGCUCGUCAAGCUCCUCCUCUCCAAGGGCCACUACACCGUUCGCGGCACAGUGCGCGAUCCUGGUGAUGCUAAGAACGCCCAUCUCAAGGCUCUAGAAGGCGCCGACGAAAGAUUGCAGCUUGUCAGGGCUGACCUGCUGGACUAUGACAGUGUAGCGUCAGCGAUUGCAGGCUGCGAGGGCGUCUUCCAUGUUGCCUGCCCUGUCCCUUCUGGCCGAUCAACCAACCCAGAGGCAGAGAUCAUAGCUCCUGCUGUAACAGGCACACUGAACGUGUUGAAGGCCUGCCAUGAGGCAAAAGUUAAGCGAGUUAUCAUGGUCUCUUCGGGCGCUGCUAUCGUCGCUAAUCCUAGCUGGCCUGAGGGCAAAGCCUUUGAUGAAGACAGCUGGUCAGACGAGGACCACUGCAGAAAGAAUGGAGAUUGGUAUUACCUAUCCAAAACGCUGGCAGAGCGUGAGGCUUUUGCUUAUGCAGCAAAAACUGGGUUGGACAUCGUAACUAUUUGCCCAUCAUUGGUAAUUGGACCCUUGAUGCAGUCUACAGUAAACUCUAGCAGUAAAGUACUUCUUAAUUAUUUCAAAGGAGAACAUGAGACUGUAGAAAAUAAACUCAGGAAUGUAGUGGAUGUUCGUGAUGUUGCCGAUGCUCUUCUUCUGUCAUAUGAAAAAUCAGAUAUGUCUGGACGGUACAUCUGCAAUUCACCUCCAGUAAAAGUCUCUGAUAUGAUAAAUAUUCUGAAGACCUUAUAUCCAACUUAUACUUAUCCGAAAAGCUUUACUGAAGUGGAAGACAAUAUGAUUUUUAGUCCGGAGAAACUCCAGAAGCUAGGGUGGACCUUCAGGCCUCUAGAGAAGACCCUGAGAGACAGCGUUGAAUCCUACAGAGCAUCUGGUGUCCUAAACUGAGCAUCCAACUACAACUGGGACAAGUUUGGCUGUUUAUACUUGCAAAUUCUUUCUGAUUCAUGUAAACAGUGAAACAAAAUAAGUUGGUGACACAAUCAUCAAGAGAAUCAUGUUGCCAUAGAAAAAAUAAAUAUUUUGUGUGAAACA